GGCGUUUAAAAACACAGCCGAGUUUUUCUUUAGAGCCCGCCCACUCAGGAUCAUUUUUUUUUUGUCCAGGACGUCUUCUUCUGACCAGGGUAGCACCUGAAGAGCUGGUCUAAUUCAAUCGGCCUAGCACGUAGAGUUCAACUAUGGCGUCUAUAGCAUUACGAUCAACGCUAAAAACUAAGAUCCCACAUAAAGUUGGCCGUUUGUGCUACUCUUCCUCUUCGGUGCCAACAGUUAAACUCUUUAUUGAUGGGAGGUUUGUAGAGUCCAAGUCUUCAGAAUGGCUUGAUAUUCACAAUCCUGCUACCAAUGAAGUGGUUGCUCGUGUACCCAAAGCCACCCAGGAGGAGAUGCUGGCCGCUGUAGACUCAUGCUCCAGAACCUUUCGGUCCUGGUCAGAAACUUCCAUCUUGGCUCGCCAGCAGAUCUUCCUGCGCUAUCAGCAGCUGAUCAAGGACAACAUUAAAGAACUCGCCAAGUCCAUCACACUAGAACAGGGGAAAACACUUGCAGAUGCAGAAGGAGACGUGUUUAGAGGACUGCAGGUUGUGGAACACACCUGCAGCAUCACCUCCUUAAUGCUCGGUGAAACUCUGCCCUCCCUCACCAAGGACAUGGACACUCACACCUACCGCCUUCCCAUCGGGGUGUGCGCCGGCAUCACCCCCUUCAACUUCCCCGCCAUGAUUCCCCUGUGGAUGUUCCCUAUGGGGAUGGUGUGUGGCAACACGUACCUGCUGAAGCCGUCGGAGCGGGUUCCAAGCUGCGCCAUGCUGCUGGCGAAGAUGCUGCAGGAUGCUGGCGCUCCAGACGGGACCCUGAACGUCAUCCACGGGCAGCACGCUGCUGUGAACUUCAUCUGUGACCAUCCAGCCAUCAAGGCCAUCAGCUUUGUGGGCUCAAAUCAAGCUGGGGAGUACAUUUAUGAGAGGGGGUGUAAAAAUGGCAAAAGGGUGCAGUCCAACAUGGGAGCCAAGAACCAUGGUGUGGUGAUGCCCGAUGCCAACAAGGAGAACACUCUGAACCAGCUUGUGGGCGCCGCGUUUGGGGCGGCAGGACAGCGCUGCAUGGCUCUGUCCACGGCCAUCCUGGUGGGUGAAGCGCGAAGCUGGCUACCGGAGCUCGUGGAGCGUGCCAAGAUGCUCCGGGUGAACGCAGGAGACCAGCCUGGAGCAGACGUGGGGCCUCUGAUCUCCCCACAAGCCAAACAGAGAGUCUGCAGUCUGAUCCAGAGCGGUGUGGACGAAGGAGCUAAACUCCUCCUGGACGGCCGCGCCGUAAAGGUCAAAGGUUACGAGAACGGCAACUUUGUAGGCCCAACCAUCAUCAGCGGCGUCACACCCGAGAUGAAAUGCUACACCGAAGAGAUCUUCGGGCCGGUGCUGGUCGUUCUGGAGGCAGACACCCUCGAUGACGCCAUCAGCUUGGUCAACAACAACCCCUAUGGCAACGGCACCGCCAUCUUCACCACAAAUGGUGCCACGGCACGCAAAUACACUCACGAAGUGGACGUGGGCCAGGUCGGAGUCAACGUACCCAUUCCUGUGCCGCUGCCCAUGUUCUCCUUCACUGGGUCCAGAGGAUCGUUCAGAGGGGACACGAACUUCUACGGGAAACAGGGGAUUCAGUUUUACACACAGAUCAAAACCGUCACCACGCAAUGGAAAGCUGAAGAUGCAACCGUGAAAAGUCCUGCGGUUACCAUGCCAACAAUGGGACGCUAAACUCUUCCUCUGAUGUGACUUCCUGCACAAACAGACUUACAGUAUAUGCUGUAUGAAUGUUGUAAAUUCAAACGUUAGAAUAAUAGCACUUUUUAGUGUAUAAAGACGCUUUGUGAAUGUCUGUUAACAACAUUUUAAAAUACACCCACAAUAACAAUCUUGUGAGGAUUUCUGUGUGUAAUUCCCAAAAACAAACACACAUUAUUGAUCUGUAUAAUUACAUGUUUGAAUGAAAUAACAACCAUUUAAAUUAAA